AUGAUCCUCAAAAACGGUCUAGACCUCCUUUUUGCCGAUGACGAGGGUGAAAACGAGUCGCUUUCCCUGGAGGAGAGUCUUCAGUCCCUCAGCACGAGCAAACCUCCACUGCCCCCUGACGCGUCGCAACCCACUCAACAGGAUGAGGCCGCCACAACUGCCCCUAGUGAGUGCCUUUAA